AUGGCGGAGGUCAACAUCAAGGCUGCGGCAUCCCAUGUUGAGGACAAGCUUGGUGAAGGUGCCAUCAUCGAGGCAAAAAAUGCCUCUGACGAAGAACAUUCCCAGACUCUUCUUCAAGCCUUGAAGAGCAAUCGCAAGGCUGUCUUCUGGUCCAUGUUAAUCUCCAUGAGCAUCGUCAUGGAGGGCUACGAUACGAUUCUGAUGGGCAACUUCUUUGGAUAUCCCGAAUUCGCCAAGAAAUACGGUACGGAUUACGGUGGAAAUGUUGGAUUUCAAGUCUCAGCCCCCUGGCAGUCUGGCUUGAACAUGGGCAGUACCGUGGGAGCUAUAUUCGGUAUGUUUCGUGGAAUCUUGAACGGCUAUAUGGUAUCUCGAUUCGGUUACCGGCGCGUCUUGAUGGGAGCGUUGUUCUUCAUGAACGCUUUCAUCUUUAUUGUAUUCUUUGCCAACUCUGCUGCCGUGCUACUCGUUGGUCAGAUUCUCUGCGGUCUUUCCUGGGGAGUCUUUGCAGUUACGAGUCCAUCCUACGCUUCCGAAGUCUGUCCAACGAACCUCCGAGGAUAUCUCACGACCUACGUCAACCUUUGUUGGGCCAUCGGCCAAUUCAUUGCCGCAGGUGUACUUGAGGGCCUGAUACACCGCCGUGACCAAUGGGCAUACAGGAUUCCUUUUGCGAUCCAGUGGAUUUGGCCGGUCCCUCUCAUGAUUGUGUGCUUUUUUGCGCCCGAAUCGCCUUGGUAUCUUGUGCGGAGAGACCGUGUAGAGGACGCCAAAAAAAGCCUGCGAAGGCUGGGAGGGAACAAGUCCGAGGAUCAAAUCAACGGCCAGCUUGCCAUGAUGGUACAUACAGUCAAUAUUGAGCAAGCCCAAGCGAAAGCAAGCAAGUCCUACGUGGAAUGCUUCAGGGGCACCGACCUCCGUCGGACAGAAAUCUGCUGCGUGGCUUUUCUUGGGCAGAUCCUUUCGGGCAGCUCUUUCGCAUACAGUCCGUCGUACUUCUUCACAACAGCUGGAAUGAGCCCUGACCACGCAUAUCAGCUCAAUCUCGGGGGCACGGCUAUCGCUUUUCUCGGAACGGUGUUGUCUUGGUUCCUGAUCACGCACUUUGGCCGCCGAACGCUCUAUGUUGUGGGGCAAGGUAUCUUAUGCUCCACUCUCCUUAUCAUUGGGAUUGUCAACUCUGCGACAUCUGCCAAGGAUGCCAUAUGGGCAGAAGCAGCGUUAUGCAUCUUCUGGCUCCUAGUCUAUGCUCUUACAGUUGGCCCUAUCACGUAUUCUAUCGUGUCCGAGACAUCGUCCAUCCGUCUGCGCCCAGAGACCGUUUCGCUGGCCCGGGCGGCCUAUCAGAUUAUCAACGUUGCAUCCCAGGUCCUUGAGCCGUACUUUAUGAACCCGACCGCUUGGAACGCGUCUGGAAAGACGGGGUUCUUCUGGGGCGGCACCGCUCUGAUCAUGUUUAUUUGGGCCUAUUUCCGACUUCCCGAAACGAAAGGACGAACGUAUGAAGAGCUGGACAUCUUAUUCGCAAAGAGGAUUUCUGCCCGCAAGUUCGCGUCCGAACAUGUUGACGCUUAUGAAAUGACUCCAACGUUCUCCAUGUCCAAGAAGACCCAUUCUUCUUGA